GGGUUCAUUCUUUGCUUGGUCAUGUUUAAGCGCCAGAACUACGCUGUGCUCCAUGGGCGGUCUUCGUCGUCUUCUUCUUCCUCCUCGUCGGACGACUCCGGAGAGGACGAUGGAGAAAAGCCCGUCUCCAAUCGCGAGGAGUCCCAUGAAGAGGAGGAGGAGGAGGAAGAGGAGGAGAAAGGAAAGGAGGUAAAACGUAAAAGGAAGGAUUGGGCGAUGGCUGUGGAGGAGAGCGAGAAGGAGAAGCUGGAGCAGUCUCUCGCGAUUCAGGUUAAAGAUGUUUUGAAAUGCAGGGUGUGCCCCAAGGUUGUGUGCCUCUCGGAGGAAACCAUGGCCUCCCACUUGCGCUCGAAGGGCCAUCGUCGUUCUUUGAAGAAAAUGACGGAAGGAAAGCUCAAAGUUACGCUCAACAGUGAGGGUGAGGAGGAAGAGAUGGAAUCUGAGGGCGAGACACACGCGGAGAGGCACGCACGAACAGUUGCCGCGCUCGCUGGGGAAUCCAAGAGGACAAGCACGGAUCCGAGCAGCAAGAAGAGGAAGAAGGGCGGACGACAGCGCCAGAGAUUGCGAGCCAAGAAAAAGGCUAGGCACAAGAAGUUUGAUAAAUCAGCUGCUGCUAAGGUUAAGAAAUAAAACAAAAUGCAUAAAUAGUAACACUUUUCCUUUUUUCCCUCGUAUAAAUAAAAUCACAAUACGAGUUGUUGAGAA